CUAUAUAAGAGGAGGAAGUUGGGUGCCGCAGUCACUGUUGUGCCUCAAGCCCUUCAGACUGUGGAUGUUGUGAACCAAAAGUGGACUUUACGGUUUUUACGCACGAGGUUUACAGGAGAUACCACUUCUCAUUCAUUUAAUAAUCGGCUCAAAUCAUCAAAUAAGUUGUUUUUUUCUCCCGAUUUCAGCGUUUGUAUUUUCUUGUUGUCGGGAUAUCUGACUGAAUUAAAAAAUUAAAACUGCAUUCGUCAGGAGAUAUGAUACUCAGGAGAAGUCUCUUCUUGCUGCUCUUAUCAUUUAAUGUCCUCCAUGCAUUACCGCAAGAUGGUGAGCAGGAGGAUGAGACAUCAUUUGACUUGUUUGAAAUCAGCCACAUCACACGCAAGACUCUGGGGGCCAAACAGUUCCGGGGCCAAAACUCAGAUGCCCCUGCUUACCGCUUCAUCCGCUUCGACCACCUUCCCCCAGUGAGCCCCCCCAUACUAAAACAAAUACUACGACAGAUCCAAAACAAUGAGGGCUUUGUGUUUGGUGCCAGCAUACGCCAGGACCGCGCCUCACGGGGCACCCUGAUUGGUUUGGAGGGCCCUGAUGGCCGGCGGCAGUUUGAGAUUGUGUCCAACGGACGGGCCAACACUCUGGACCUGGUUUACUGGGUGGACGGCUCGCAGAACGUGGUUUCAUUCGAGGAUGUGGACCUGUCUGACUCACAGUGGAAGAAUAUCACACUUCAUGUUCAUGGGGAAAAUGCAAACCUGUUUGUGGGCUGCAGCCUGAUAGACAGCUUCAUCCUGGAUGAGCCUUUCUAUGAGCACCUGCAGGCUGAGGGCAGCCGCAUGUAUGUUGCGAAGGGAUCCAUACGGGAGAACCACUUCAGGGGCCUUCUGCAGAAUGUGCGUUUCAUCUUUGACACCACAGUGGAAGAAGUCCUGCUGAGCAGAGACUGCGAGGUCACUAAACAAGAUGAUGCUAAUAUUGUGAGCGAGAGCACAGAAAUGGUGGAUGUGAGUCCCUCCAUCACUACAAACAUUAUAGGUCAGAAGGCAGACGAGGGCGCAGAUAUGUGCGAACGCUCCUGCGAGGAACUUAGCACCAUGUUCCAGGAGCUCAAAGGCCUACGUGUUGUCGUCAGUAACCUUAUUGAUGGCUUGCAAAAAGUGACAGAGGAGAACACAGUCAUGAAGGAGGCCCUUGGGAAGAUGAAGAACUCAUCUCAAACUAAAGAGAAAAACAUGUGCUGGCAGGAUGGCCGCCUGUUUGAUGAUAAGGAAGACUGGGUUGUAGACAGCUGCACCAAAUGUACCUGCCAGGAGUCCAAGAUCGUGUGUCACCAAAUUACAUGCCCCGCAGUGGCCUGUGCCAGCCCCUCAUUUGUCGACGGCGAGUGCUGCCCCGUGUGUAUGCCCAGUGAGGAUGGCUGGUCCCCCUGGUCAGAGUGGACAGAGUGCACAGUCACCUGCGGAACAGGAACUCAACAGAGGGGUCGGUCAUGUGAUGCAACCAGUAACCCCUGCACCGGACCGUCUAUCCAGACCCGCAAGUGCAGCCUGGGCAAAUGCGACAGCCGUGUUCGCCAGGACGGAGGGUGGAGUUUGUGGUCGCCAUGGUCAUCCUGCUCAGUGACCUGUGGAGAAGGACAGAUCACCAGGAUACGACACUGCAACGCUCCUGUGCCACAGUUGGGGGGCAAAGACUGCGAGGGAAGUGGGAGAGAGACUCAGCGCUGCACUGCCAAGCCGUGUCCCAUUGAUGGCGGUUGGGGUCCUUGGUCUCCAUGGGCAACCUGUUCAGCAACAUGCGGAGGGGGAGUCAAAAGUCGGGCGCGUGAGUGCAACAGUCCUCAUCCUCAGCAUGGCGGCAAUAAGUGUAUCGGAGAGGCCAACGACAGUGACAGCUGUAACAAAAAAGACUGUCCUAUUGAUGGCUGUCUGUCUAACCCAUGCUUUGGAGGAGUGGAUUGCAACAGCUCUCCAGAUGGAUCCUGGGAGUGUGGCCCAUGCCCUGCUGGUUUCCGUGGAAAUGGUACCCACUGUGAAGACAUUAAUGAGUGUGACAUGGUGUCUGAUGUUUGCUACAAAGUGAGUGGAACGCAGCGCUGCAUCAACACCGAUCCAGGUUUCCACUGCCUGCCCUGUCCGAAGCGCUACAAGGGCACCCAGCCUUUCGGUAUGGGUGUGGAGGCUGCCAAGAAGAACAAACAGGUGUGUGAGCCAGAGAACCCAUGCAAGGACAAAACCCACAACUGUCACAAAUAUGCCGAAUGCAUCUACAUCAGCCACUUCAGUGACCCUAUGUACAAGUGUGAGUGUAGGACCGGUUACGCUGGAGAUGGCUUCAUUUGUGGAGAAGACUCAGACUUGGAUGGCUGGCCCAAUCAGAACCUUGUGUGUGGUGCCAACGCCACUUAUCACUGCAAGAAGGAUAACUGCCCUAACCUUCCCAACUCUGGACAAGAAGACUUUGACAAAGAUGGUCAAGGAGAUGCUUGUGACAAGGAUGACGACAACGAUGGAAUUCUAGAUGAGAGGGACAACUGCCCCCUCCUUUACAAUCCUCGCCAGUUUGACUUUGACAAGGAUGAAGUUGGCGACCGCUGCGACAACUGUCCCUAUGAACACAACCCUGCUCAAAUAGAUACAGACCACAAUGGAGAAGGGGACGAAUGCGCAGUGGACAUUGAUGGAGAUGAAAUUCUAAAUGAGAACGACAACUGCCCCUACGUGUACAACACUGACCAGAAGGACACUGAUAUGGAUGGAGUUGGUGACCAGUGUGACAACUGUCCAUUGCUGCACAACCCUGACCAGACUGACGUAGACAAUGACCUGGUUGGAGAUCAGUGUGACAAUAACCAGGACAUUGAUGAAGACGGCCAUCAGAACAACUUGGACAACUGUCCCUAUGUGGCCAACGCAAACCAGGCUGACCAUGACAAGGAUGGCAAAGGAGACGCAUGUGACUAUGAUGAUGAUGAUGAUGGUAUACCUGACGACAAGGACAACUGCAGACUGACACCUAACACAGACCAGCUGGACUCUGAUGGUGAUGGAAGAGGGGAUGCCUGCAAAGAUGACUUUGACAACGACAACAUCCCAGAUAUUCUUGAUGUGUGUCCGGAGAACAAUGCCAUCAGUGUCACGGACUUCAGGAAGUUCCAGAUGGUCCACUUGGAUCCUAAGGGAACCACUCAAAUUGAUCCCAACUGGGUGGUCAGACACCAGGGAAAAGAGUUGGUUCAGACUGCCAACUCUGACCCAGGCAUUGCAGUCGGUUUUGAUGAGUUCAAUGCUGUGGACUUCAGUGGAACGAUGUAUGUGAACACGGACAGAGAUGAUGACUAUGCAGGCUUUGUGUUCGGCUACCAGUCCAGUGGGCGCUUUUAUGUAGUGAUGUGGAAGCAGAUCACACAGACUUACUGGGAGGACAAGCCCUCCAAAGCCUUUGGCAUCUCUGGCGUUUCACUCAAAGUCGUCAACUCGACCACUGGCACUGGAGAAAACCUCAGGAAUGCUUUGUGGCACACAGGAAACACCCCCGGACAGGUGCGCACUCUGUGGCAUGACCCCAAAAACAUUGGUUGGAAGGAUUACACAGCUUACAGGUGGCAUCUCAUCCACAGACCGAAGACUGGUUUUAUAAGGGUUGUGGUCUAUGAAGGUAAACAGAUCAUGGCCGACUCAGGACCAGUUUAUGACAAGACGUUUGCCGGAGGAAGGUUAGGCUUGUUUGUCUUCUCGCAAGAGUUGGUGUUCUUCUCCGACCUCAAGUAUGAGUGCAGAGAUAAGCCGGAGUUGCCAACAGUGUUCACAAGAUAACUGAAUCAAGUCUGAUAGAAAAACAUCAGAAGGCAAAAGACAAGAAUCUCUCAAAGUAAACAUCACGUCAUCGCUAAAUCCAUUUCAACGUAAAUGAGACUUUCCAUACUUUUCCAUGUUUUGCCUGGAUUCAUCCACUGGAGAGGAAACCAUGGCUGAUUUCAGUUUUCCUGUUGACUUAUAUACAUUUCCUUAAGCUGGGAAAGAAAAACUGGUGAGAGUGGACAAGUUUUAAAAAAGCCUGAGCAGAUUAUCUAAUUAUAACUAGUGUACCUAUGUCUACAUUUUAAAGGAUUCAUUGUACAACCACUUACAUGCUGUAUGUGCUUUCCAACAGUUUCUUAAUUUCUACAACUUGUAAGUGACUCAGUUGUUCUCUAUUUUUAAUACAUUUCUGUCUGUUUGGGAUUAAGAGGCUCAUUCAUGGCUUCUGUUUUGGCCGAACAACUAAUCAUAAAGUGUCUGACAAACAUAAACUGUAACCAAAGCAUGAAUGUGUUUUUUUUUCUUAUGGAGAACUUGAGUGAACAAUUUAAAUAAGUCAUUUUAGCAAGUGCCAAAGAUGUUUAUACUAAGUCUGUAUAAUAAUUCCUUUUGUAAAUUAUUUAUGCUCUGCUUUUUUUGUUUGUUUGCAUUUUUUGCUAGAGUUUGUAAAUAAUUAUUUAUUUGUUUACACUGACAAAACGCAUAAUUGAAUAUCACAAACAUUAAGAUAACACAUUAUAGUUCUGCAAGAUUUUUAGUGUUGUCAUGCAUUUCCUUGUUAGUUUUUCACAUCUUUCAGAUUAACUGUAAUGUAAAGCUUUGGAAAGAAUAAGCAUCAGCUGCUCUUUACAUACAUAAACACGGCAUCACAUACAUAAACACAUGCCGUGUUUAUGUAUGUGAUAGUAGCUGCCAAAGAAAGUUAAUUCCGGUAGUAUGCGUAUGUUAAAAAAUCCACUGUGUUUAUUUUCAGACAGGGCCUCAUUAUCCUCAAAGUGAUAUUUCACUUUCGUACAUGUGGAAUAUUUUUAAGUGCUCAUACUUAAGAGCUUAUAAAUGGUCAAUCAUCAAAAUUGGCUGCAAAUUGAGCUACUUGAACUGUAGCAAGCACCCUUUUCUUACAUGAUACAUGAUGAAACAUGUCUACAAAAAAAGAAAGUAGAACAAGGUAAUAACAUCAGUGAAAUAACUAGAACUGCAGUUUAAGUGCCAGAUUUCUUGUAAAUCUAAUGUUGUGCACUAAGCACCAAGUGACAUAUCACAUCAACAACAGAGAGUCUGAGGUUCAACAGUCAUGUGAUGGCAUCAUGAAGAUCAAACACAGUGAAAACAUUUUAUACAAAUAACUUUUUCAUUCAUAUGUUAAUCAUAAAUAUCAUUAAUGGAUGUUGUGAAACUUUACAGUGUUGGUUGAAAAGGGUGAAGGUCUCUAAAGACCUCUAAAGUGUGACUGUGCGACUGUAUAGUGUGGAUCGAGGACGUGUUAGUGUACAAUCUUGUUGUCGUUAGUUUGUAUAGCAUUCGUGUUCUUCCAUGUCUGGUUUCCAUCUUGUUCAUUUUGUUGAAAGUUUGCAAUGCACAAAAUGUAAAUUUUUUUGUAUACUUGUGUUGUUAGAUAUACAUUUUCUACAAACAUUAGUGUGUUCUGUUUCAUAAAUAAAUCACUUGUACACCA